CUACUGAUAAGCGGGGAAAGCAUCACUUCAACUAUGCCGACUACACAAAGUCGCGAUCCCUCACGAAGUUCCAAUCGGGGCCGAGUGUUUGUUACACAGGUGCCAUAAACGACAAAGGGUGAGAAAGGACGUCCGACGUUGUUGAAGGGGUUAAGCUAGCACCAGCUGGACAUCAACCGGAUUUGCAAGGCCUACCAGAAGAAGUCACUUCAAAGCAUCAUUCAUGAGUUCAACAUAUUCGUCGAAGGACGCCUUCAACAUCGUCGAAGCAGACAUUCAGUCACACUUGGAUGCACUUGCUUGCGGAAUGGCUACAUCAACAUCUCUUGUUACCAGCUACCUAAACCGAACCGCAGUUUACGACAUUUCCGGGAGCCUGAAUGCGUUCACAAUCUUCAACGAUAAGGUCUACGAAGAAGCAGCUGCCUCAGAUGCCCGGAGAGCUCAAGGACUACCGCCUCGACCACUGGAAGGCAUUCCCUAUACUAUCAAGGACAGCUACAAGUAUUUCGGUCUUACCGUCACCAAUGGUUCACCUGGACUCAAUGGAGUCACGUCGAGCGAGGACUCAACACUAGCGAAGAGAUUAAGAGAUGCUGGUGCGGUGCUCUUGGGGAAAACGAACAUGCCUCCUAUGGCUGCUGGCGGUAUGCAGAGGGGUUUGUAUGGCCGUGCUGAGUCGCCAUAUAGUCCGAAGUAUUUGACGGCGGCAUUCUCAUCGGGAUCCUCGAAUGGAGCCGCAACAUCGCUAGCAAGCAGUAUGGCGGUCUUCGGUCUGGGCAGCGAGACCGUGAGCAGCGGGAGGAGUCCGGCAUCUAACAACGCGCUAGUGUGCUACACCCCGUCGAAAGGCGUGCUGAGCUGUCGAGGUCUUCACCCGUUGUAUGUGACGUGCGACGUACCUACGCCGUAUGCGCGAUCGGUUGGCGAUAUGCUGGCCCUCCUCGACGUUAUCGCGGUACCAGACGAAGAGACGAAGGGCGACUUCUACAGAGAGCAGAAGUUCGUACCCAUCCCAGAGUCACCAAAGCUUGACUACUCGUCGUUGAACAACACAGAUGCAUUGAAUGGAAAGAGGAUAGGAGUGCCGAAGAUGUACGUCGGUCAGAAAGACUCAGACCCACAUGCAAAGCCCACCUAUGUCUCACCCGAAGUCAUUUCAGUCUGGAAACAAACAGCCCAAGAUCUCGAAGCCCUCGGUGCAGAAGUAGUCUACACCGACUUCCCACUCGUCACAAAUUACGAGAAUGACUCCGUCUCGAAAGAAGCCAACAACGUGGUAGGCGCACCCUCGAACUGGAACCAUGUCGAGCGCGGCAUUCUCAUCGCGAAAGCGUGGAAUUCGUUUCUUCAGCAAAACAACGAUCCAGAUAUCAAAAGUCUGAAGGACAUAGAAGACUCGGCCAUGCUCUUUCCAAAGCCAAAGCCUUACGUUCCAGACACCUUCCUCGAAGUGCGGAACUGGAUUGACUACGCCGGCCUACCUUCUUUGCUAGACCAAAUCGAAGGCGAAUCUGUCUUCGACGUCCCCGGUCUCGAGGAUGCCGUCAAAGCCCUCGAAGCACAACGCAAGCGUGAUCUAGAGGACUGGAUGACGCAGCAUAACCUCGACGUAGUCGCCUUCCCAGCGCAAGGCGACGUUGGUCUCGCCGAUCUUGAGUUCAAUCUCGAAAGCACAAAGCACAGCUUGCAAAACGGCGUCAAGUACAGUAAUGGGAAUCGAGCGAUCAGGCAUCUCGGAGUGCCCACGGUCAGUGUGCCUAUGGGUGUGCUAGAGGGCAAGGGUAUGCCUGUGAACAUCACGUUCGCAGGGAGAGCGUACGAGGAUCCGAAGCUGCUGGAAUAUGCGUACGCGUUUGAGCAGACUACGAAGAGGAGAAUUAGUCCGCCGCUGGCGCCGCUGGAAACGGACUUUACGCGAGCAGACACCAGUAAGCAUGAGCAGGGAAUUGCGAAGUUGGACUUGUCCGUGAAUCUGAGGACGGAAAAUUUGGGAGAUGGCAAAACCAGGAUCGACGUUGGUGGCAUGAUCUCGAUUGAUGGCACAGACAGGGACUCGGAGAUCCAGAUUUUUGUGGACGGAAAGGAGGCGUGGAGAGACAAGGUUGCCACCGAAUCCUGGAGCGUACAGCUGGAGCACAUGCCGAUGCGGAAAGAGUGCUUGGGCUGGGAUCUAAAGCCAAUGCCGCCGAAGAAAGCUAUGGUCAUCGUGAUUGCGAGAGGUUGCGGUGCGCAAGACGAGGCGAAGCUACUAUGGGCAGCCUUAUAGUAAUCAAUACAGAGACAUGGGAUACAGGCU